CUUUUUCGUCGUCCUGUUUCUGAUUCUGCAGAGACUCUGCAGACAGGGGAGAGAGAGAGAGAGAGAGAGAGGGAGAAGUUUAACAUAAAACAGAGCUCAAAAAGCAAAAACAAAAACGCAAACACAAACAAACCCUAGAAUCUCUCUCCCUUUCAUGGAAAAACUCUCACAUUCUCGCCAACCAAACAAGUCCUCUGCUUCUCACUCCAAAAAGUCAUGCAAUGCCACCAACUUACUCACUAAAACUACUUAUGACGACGUCUUCGGAGGUCCUCCGAAGUUCGCUGCCCCGACACUCGCUCCGCGAGUCGAGGAUUACGGCGAAAUUUUCGGUGGCUUCCAAAACUCACGCGCUACCUCUAUACCAGUGCUCGAUCUUCCAUUAGUCGACGAGGAAGACGUCUUCUUUGAUGUUCGGAGCUCUGGCUUUGACUAUGAUGAAGUUUUCGGUGGUUAUGAUGAUCUUGAUUCUGCUGUUUCCUUUGAAGAAUUGAUAAUGGAACAAAACGACGGCGUCACUGGUGAUGUUGACUCCUCUGAAGAAGCUUGGACCCCACCGGAAACUGAAUCUUUGUCAGAAGAAUCAGAUCAUUCUGGAAAGAAUCAUAGCUUGUCAAAUGGAGAUUCUUACGAGUCAAUUGAUGACACCAUGGAGUUCAACAUAUCCUAUCAUAAAGCUAAUCAAAGAAGUGAUGAAGACAUGUCAAAUGGGAUUACGCAUGUAACUCAGCUACAAGCAGUUCCAGGAUUCACUUUUCUGGUUGAAAAAACCAACCCCUUGGAGAAGGCACAUGAAAAUCCACCCUUGCAGGUGACUGAUGAAAACAAUUUUCACAUGGAUUUUAGUGGGGGAAUGAUAAAAGAUAAAAAUCUCAGAAAAACCAUGUCACAACCCUUUAGUGGUAGUGCUGGUGAACAGACAUUUGAAAAUGGCCUUAAAUCUCAAAGAGGGUAUGGCAGAAACAACUCUCUCCAUAACGAAACAUUUGUAACUGUUUCUGAAAUAAGCCUUAGAACUCAACCUUCUGAAGUGCCACCUCCCCGCCGGCCAGCACCUCUAUUAGAUGUGAAAAAGGGAGAUUCCAGUAGCAUGGCUAAAAACUGUAAAACUACUUCAGAAGGGACCGUGGGUGAUACUUCUCCUCCUUUCUUUGAUGUGGAAGUAGAUGCAAGUUCAUCUGCUGCAGCUUCUGCUGCUGCUAUGAAAGAAGUAAUGGAGAAAGCUGAAGCAAGACUGAAGACUGCAAAAGAACUGUUAGAGAGGAAGAGGGUAGGUGUUCAACGCCGUAAGAAUGGGAGGAAGGAUAUGGAAGGAAAGUUGUAUGCAAAUAUCGAUGGUUCCAGUUAUCUAAAAGAUGAGGAUUUGUGUGUCACUCUUGAAAGGCAAGACAUUGGAAUGAAGCAAAAAGGUAUCAAGACAACAAAGGCAGUUCCAGAUUCUGUAGAAGGAGAAAAGUUUUUCAUGUUUGAUAAAGGUUUGCUGGAUAAGCAUGGACAACCUGAUAGAAUUGAUGGAGCUAGUGAGUGGAAAGAAGAAACACAAUUUUUUGAAUUAGUGAAAACAGAUAGAUCCACUGUUGAGCAGGCAAAGAGUCAAGAGAUUUUGGUGCCAGAUACACAAGUUCAUGAGCACAGGCCGAAGAUAAAAAAGGGGGCAAAUAGUGAAGAUCCUAAACCGGGAGAAAAUGAGAGGAAACUAAAGGUUGCCAAAGAAGCCUGUGAACAGCAGGAAAGAAAUGAGAGAUCAAGCUCCAAAGCAACUCGCAAGCAUAAAGGGCAUGAUAAGAAGCCAAAAGUGGCUCAAGAAGUUUGUCAACAGGGAGAGAAUGGGAAAAAAUUUGUAGUGGCUCGAGAUUUUAUAGAUAUUGAGAAGAAACCAAGUGGAGCUGAUGAAUCAGAAAAGCAUCUUAACCUAGCCAAGCUUCAGAUAAAAGGAAAUCCAUCUGAUUGUCAGAAAGGUAUUAAGCAUCAAGAGUUUGAGCAACCACUGAAAGAGACUAAGAGAAGUGUGGAAAAAGAAACAAGCUUCAAAGGGUCUUGUGAACGAGCAGAUGAUGAAAGAAGACAAAGAGAGUCUUUUGAGCAGGUAGAAAAUGAGAACAAGUUUAAACAGGAUGUUGAACAAGUAGAGUAUGAGAAAAGGCUGAAGAAGGCUCUAGAGCAGGAAGAGAAAGAUAAGAGAAAGAAGGUUGCUGAGCAGGAAGAAAAAGAUAGGAGAUUAAAGAAGGUUGCAGAGCAGGAAGAAAAAGAUAGGAGAUUAAAGAAGGUUGCUGAGCAGGAAGAAAAAGAUAAGAGAUUAAAGAAGGCUGCUGAGCAGGAAGAAAAUGACAAGAAAUGGAAGGAAGCUCAGAAAAGAGAAGAAGCUGAUAAAAGAGCGAGAGAGGCUCUUGAGCAGAUAGAGAAUGAGAAGAGACUUAAAGAGGAGAAUGAGAAACGAACGCAAGCUUUUGACCGAGAGGAGAAAGCAAGGAGAUUAAAAGAGGUUUGUGAACAGGAAGAGAAUGAGAAGAAGCAAAGACAGGCUCCUGAAAUAGGAGGAAAUGAGAAGAGUUUUAAAGAGGCUCCUGAGAAGGAAGAAAAUGAAAGAAAACAGGGAGGGGCGUCUGAAAGGGAGGAAACUGAGAAGAGACUUCAAGAGGCUUGUGAAGUAGAGAAGAAGGAAAAGAGGCUUGAAAAUGCUGGUGACACUGCAGACCUGAAAGGAUUAAGUGAAGCACAUGAGCAAACCCAAUGGGAUGAAAAUUGUAAGAAGCUGAAAAUGGCUGGAGGGCCUCAUUUGUACAUGGAGGGAGAAGUUCUCCGUGUAUCAGACAAGGCAUUUAUGCUGAAUAACAAUGAGAACAUUCAAGCAACUCAACCUACUGGCCUACGUGAGGAGAGCAGUAGUACCGUACAAGUAACUCAAAGAACCUUUGUGCAUGGAGAAAAUGUAAAGAUUCAGACCGACUGUAGAGAUCAUGAAAUGGAACUGGAAGUUGAAACCACAAAUGUGCUGAAAAACAGAAAAUUUGAAUUAUCUGGUACAGCCCAAGGCAACUUAGAACAUGAAGAGUGUGGAUUUAAGAAAGAAGAUGUUGUAGAGCCACUUUGUAAAGAACAGAAUGUAAAAACAGGAGAAUCUGGAGGUGGCAUUGGAACAGAAAAAACUAAUAGCGUCUUCCAAGUAGACUCUGAUACUAAAAAUGAAGGGAAGAAAUUUGCUAAUGAACGGAGGGAGAGAGAAAAUAAUGUCAAGCAGGCCCAAGUUGGCUUGAAUCAGAAGGAAAAUAAGGACAAAUUUAUGCCAACUCAACUGGUGAAAGAAUCCGUUCAAAAUGGAAGGAAACUGGAAGCUGAUCAACCAUCUGUGUUGGAAGGGAAAGGAAACGUCCAGAAAACAGCUCAGUGGGCAAAUGCAAUUAAGAGUGCAGAAAGAAAAGAGAAGAAUUUCCAUGAGACUCUUAUAUUGGAAGAGAAAGAAGUUGAAAAGUUGAAAAGGGAGAGAGAACUGGAAAAGGAACAUCUUAGGAGGAUAGAAGAAGAGAGGGAGAGAGAACUGGAAAAGGAACGUCUUAGGAGGAUAGAAGAAGAGAGGGAGAGAGAGAGGGAGAGAGAGAAAGAUAGGAUGGCUGUCGACAUAGCAAUCCUUGAAGCUCGUGGGAGGGCAGAAAGAUCUGCUUUGGAGAGAGCAACUGCCGAAGCUCGACAAAGAGCUUUGGCAGAGGCCCGGGAGAGAUUGGAGAAGGCUUGUGCGGAGGCUAAGGAGAAAUCAUUAGCCGAGAAGGCAUCUAUGGAGGCCAGACUGAGGGCAGAGCGUGCUGCUGUAGAGAGAGCAACUGCGGAGGCGAGAGAGCGUGCUGUGGAGAAAGCAAUGGCAGACAGGGCUGCUUUUGAGGCGAGAGAACGUGGAACUUUUCCAGAUAAGUUAUCUGCUUCUUCCAGACACAGUACACUGAGACCAAUUUCAUCCAAUGAUCUACAGGAUCAGAAAUAUCAGAGUGCCAACUUUAGUGGUUCAAGAUAUCCAUAUUCCUCAGCUUAUGUUGCUUCAUAUAAUACUGAGAGAUCUGAAGGGACUGAAUGUGAAACAGCUCAGAGGUGUAAAGCUAGACUAGAAAGGCAUCGCCGUACAGCUGAACGUGCGGCAAAAGCUCUUGCAGAGAAGAAUAUGCGUGAUCUUCUUGCUCAAAGAGAGCAAGCUGAAAGAAAUAGACUAGCAGAAACACUGGAUGCUGAUGUCAAGAGGUGGUCAAGCGGAAAGGAAGGCAACCUACGAGCUUUGCUUUCAACAUUGCAAUAUAUCCUUGGGCCUGAUAGUGGUUGGCAUCCCAUUCCAUUGACUGAAGUUAUAACUUCUGCUGCUGUAAAGAAAGCUUACAGGAAAGCCACUCUUUGCGUUCACCCUGACAAAUUACAACAAAGAGGUGCAAGUAUCCAGCAGAAGUACAUUUGCGAGAAGGUCUUUGAUCUUCUCAAGGAAGCUUGGAACAAAUUCAACUCAGAAGAGCGGUAGGUCAAACUUAGUGUAUAUGCUGAACGCAUAUUUACACUCAUCCUGUAAAUUUAUGCUGCUUGUAAGUAAUAUCGAUCAUGUCUAUUUGAUAAUUCUAGUCAUCUAUGUAGUUGGUAAAUCUAGGCUAAGCUAAGCUAAGCUUAAAGAAAUAGGUAUGAAACAGAUAUUAGCUAAAAGAAAAUGGCUAUAUUCAUUCAAAUAUAUGGGCUAUUUAUUUAUUCUGCUAA